AUGAAACUCACGCGUAGCAUUUCCUCGUGGAUUCUUGCCGCAGCAAUCCAAGCGGCCGGAACUGCGGCCGGCUCCGACUCAGCGGCGGCACCAACGGUCGAUCUCGGGUACGCGACUUACCAGGGCUACUACAACGACACGUACGACCUUUAUAUUUGGAAGAGUAUUCGUUAUGCUGCAGCUCCUAUUGGAAAGUUGCGGUGGCAAGCGCCUCGGCCUCCCGUCUGGAACAAUACACAAGUGACACCGGCGGUCAACCAGCCACCUCUAUGCCCGCAGACGGGGGCCUUUGGUGUACCUGAAGCCUACGGCUUCGACUCUGGUCUAGGCGAUGAAGAUUGCCUCUAUCUCAAUGUAUACGCAACUCCUAACGCCUCGAAUCUACCUGUCUUACUCUGGAUACAUGGAGGUGGCGACUCUGUUUUCGGAGCGACAUACGACCCGAGUGCCUGGAUAAACACUAAUAACAACGGCUUUAUCGCCGUCGAAAUCCAGUAUCGAUUGGGAGCGUUCGGAUUUCUCGCUUCCGCCGAAGUCAAGGCACGUGGACAACUCAACGCCGGCCUUCUAGACCAGCGCUUCGCUCUGCAAUGGGUUCAGGGGCAUAUCUCUAAGUUUGGUGGUGAUCCGAACCGCGUUAGUAUUGGCGGAGAGUCAUCAGGUGCUGGCUCGAUCAUACACCAUGCUUUGGCCUAUGGUGGUAAAGAGUCGAAUCUCUUUAAGAAUAUCAUCGCCGCAAGCCCAUACCUUCCACCAGUGUACCGGUAUAAUGAGACGGUUCCAAUGGCGCACUAUGAUAAGUUUGUCGAAUUAGCUGGUUGCAGUGAGACUUCAUCCAAGUUUAGCAAUUACUCCUGCAUAUUUGAUUGCUUGAUCGAUGUCGAUACUUCUGUGUUGCAGAACGCGAGCGGCACUGUUUCUACGACGCAGGGCUACUUCGGCAGCUUCGCAUUUCUACCGGUUAUAGAUGAUGAUUACAUACAAGAAUGGCCAUCUGUGCAGCUCUCGCAGGGGAAGGUGAAUGGAAAAAGGCUCCUUGUUGGUAAUAACGCCAAUGAAGGCGUACCCCUGACGAACCCAGAUGUCGAUACCAGAGAGAAAUACGACAGCUUCGUCUCGAACACAUUCCCUUUAUUCACUCCGGAAGACGUCGCAUCCCUUAAUACUGUUUAUAGUAUUGAUUCCUUACCUAGUGACGAUGGCAUUCCGUACGACACGCUUGGUUUCUCCGGUCCAACUGCGUUAUAUAAGCCCGGCAUAGCCACAGGUAUACAACAGGCUGUCUUCAACAUGGCUGCCGAAACGACGUUUGCCUGCCCGGCGCAGUGGAUUGCCGAGGCAUUCAUUGCCGGCCCUCGGCAUGCGUGGAAGUAUCAGUACUACGUUACGCCGUCUUACCAUGGUGCCGAUCUGAAUUCUUACUUCUCCAUCGGCACCACAUUCCCCAACCCGGAGUUCAAACAUGCGAUGCAGAAGAUCUUGGGGAACUUUAUCAUCCAUGACACUCCCGUCAUUUCUGUUAUAGAUGCAACUGGCAGUUACUCAAAUGCAACGGUUCCGAUUGGUGUGGAUGGAAAUAUCGAGUGGCCAGAAUUCACUCUGGAGAAUCGGGUGCAGAUGAAUUUGAACACUACCGGGGGAGAUGUGUCUAAAGUUACGGUACCUCCUUACCUGAGUUAUUACAUACGAAACGGUCCUGGCAUUGUGAAUACCUUCAACCUCACCGAUUCAUACACCUGGGAGGCCGGCCGUGGUAGGCGCUGCGAUUUCUGGCGUGUCGUUUCCGAGAGAGUAUCACAGUAA